AUGGAGUUCUCGCGCCGGGGCCCAGCCACCGCCGCGGCCGACGGAGGGUAUUCGACUCUGGUGAUUAGGGACGCGUUGCAGGCACAGCUUCAGAAGGAUCGCCUUCGCCAGGAGAUCAUCGAGGCCGAGCUGGCCAAGAUAGAUCGCGCCCUGAACUUCAUCUCGACUGAUGGCAAGGCAGGUCAGGAGAGCAAACAGCAAGAGUCGAAUGAGACAAACCAGCCCAGGCCACGUUCACAGACAUGGAAACUGACGUCAAUAACAUUACCAGUAAAGCAACCACAGUCACCAGCAGAGAGAUGGAGCUGUACCGUCUGCCAGGUGGAAGCAACAAGUGAGCACAACUUACAGCAGCAUUUCGCAGGGCAGCAGCACCGGUCAAAUGCGGCAAGCUUGGAGUCAAGCAACAAUGGUGGAAGUCACCAGACAACGAUUCGUGCCCUGCAGCAAGAAGAAAGGAAGGGUAUGACAAUGAGCUAUGGGCACCUAGGACCACCCUCUGCUUGGGGUAAACUACCUUUGAACGGUUCUAGCAGCAACAGCGUCGUUGUGAGCUCGGAGAUGGCGCGGCACAUGAUGUCACUAUAUUUCUGCAAAGUCUGCAAUGUGCAGUGCAGCAAUGAGUUUAUGUUCGAGGAGCAUCGUCGGGGCAAGAAACACAGAGGGAAGGUGUGGAAGCACAAGGUGAUGACCUUCUGCAAGGUCUGCAAGGUGCAGUGCAACAGCGAGCAGAUGCUCGCCAUCCAUCUUACUGGGAAGAAGCAUCAGAAAAACGCAAGCCUAAUGGGGCUGAUGAUUUGAAGCGUGGAGCUGGUACGAUGGAUGUGUCCGUGAUUUGAAACAUGCUAUGGAUUUUUCUGCUCAUUUCGUGGAAUGUCUGCAACUUUAU